UAAAAAAUAAAAGAAUAAAAAAAUAAAAAUAUCAAAACAAGUAAGCCAAUCAUAACUUCCCCAAGAUUCCUAACUUAGUCUACAAAUAUCUUUUCCCAAUCUCUUUUUCCUUAUUUCCUUCCUUCCCCUCACCUUCUAUCUUUCUUGAAAGUGAAAUAUCAACCUCUCCUUUAUUCUUUAAUGAUCAAGCUCUCCUCUACAUUCAUUCUUGAAUCUUGACUCACUAAAUCCAGUUUAGUCUCACCAUCACAACUCAGAACUCAUAAGAAUCAGCUGAUAACAAUAACGACAAAUGGGAAACGUCCUACGACUUUUGUACAAGCAUUGUUGUGAGCCGACUACCUCCAACUCGCAGUCGCUUGGGCCACACGGUGUUUCCGCCCAAAACGCUGGAGUUUCGGCCCUUGCCCGUGAUCUCCUUCACUUUGAGGUCACAUCCCAGGUACCUGAAGGGCUCAGUAAACAUGUUGUAUCAUCCAAAAAAGCUCAGUCUAACUGGUUUAAGAAGCUUCUACAGGCAUGGAAGGAAGCCAAUCCUCCACCACAAACCCCAGAGGAAACCGCAAGGCUCGUAAUAGCAACCUUGAAAAGGCACCAGAAGGCAGACGUCGAGGGAUUACUUGCCUUCUACAACCUGCCAUUUCCGCAUACACUAGUCGAGCUCUCCUCUGGAGUUCCCUCGACGUACCCUGAUGGGGUUAAGUACGAGCUCCACACUUUACCUGUGGAUGCAAAGGCGGUAGCAGACGGAGAUACCAUAACAGUAUAUGUAAGUACUGCCAAUCCUAGAGAAUCCGCUUCGGUUCCUAGAGAAGUGCAGGUUGCGGCAAUACAAAGAUCAAAGGCGCGUGCCGAUAGAGAUUAUGCUAAGGCGGAUUCACUCCAUAAGAAAAUUAUCGAUCACAAUUACAGGGUUAUUCCUAUUCAUAAUGAAGAGGUUCUAGCAAAAAAGUAUCGGAUUCGACUAAGGGGAAUAGAUGCACCCGAAAGCGCAAUGCCAUACGGAAAGCAGGCGAAAGAGGAGCUAACCAACCUUGUACAAGGAAAAAGUUUACGGGUUCUCGUAUAUGGAGAGGAUCGUUAUAAUCGGUGUGUAGGAGAUGUGUACUGCAAUGGCAUAUUUGCACAGGAAAUGAUGCUAAAGAAAGGAUGUGCAUGGCACUACACAGCCUAUGAUCGCCGCGCAGAAUUAGCUAACUGGGAAAAACAAGCACGGGCUAAGCGAGUUGGCCUAUGGGCUUCAAAGAAUCCGGAAGAACCAUGGAAAUGGAGAAAACAGAAACGUGAAGGAAGAUAAAAAAAACUUCCGACUUCUGGUGAAAGUGUGAAUCGGGAUGCCAUUCACAAACUUUAAUGAAAACAUUGGCCAUGAAGACAAACAAAAGAGUCGGAGGAAUAUCAAUGUUGUACACAAUGUAACAUGAUUUCGCUUUUUUACUUUGCAAUUUUUUGUCCAAAAAUAGUCCAAAACAGACCAGUAAUCACUUUUUUCAAUUCACGAUUUAUAGAAGAUUAGCAAAUCAUAUGACACAUCAUGUAACGUCUAUUGAGUAAAAUGUAUUGUCUAUGCUUAUCAAAACUCUCCGGUAAUUUUACUGGUAUCUUUCAAUCA